UUAUUGUAAGACGUUUGGGCCAGGGGCCCUUACUAGGAAGUUCCCUCUCUCUAAAAAUUAGUCCCACGACGUACUGAAAUCCAACUGCGGAAGAAAUCCAACUGGCAACUGCGCAAGAUAUCCAACAUGCGUUGCCAUGGAAGUGGCGUCUCAUGUUUCGCAGGUGAACUGAACACUAGUUUUAAUUUUUAAAAAUAGACAUGUCAAUAAACCAGGUAAAAAACUCCGAAAGAAAGCAUUGUAGGAGUAAAAUCUACUAAUGAAAUGGACUGUGGGCCUAAAUAUUCGAAAGUUUCGGAAUCUCUACGUUAUGUAACGUCUGGAUCAGUUCAAUGUUCGAUGUUUUGUGGCGGAAGACAGUGUAAAUACGAAGGACAAGCAAAGUGGAAUGACAGCGAUAUGGUUAUCAAAGGCUUAUAUUCCUCCUGGGUUACAGAUAACAUUCUUGCAAUGGCCAGGCCAUCAACAAGAACCAUAAAGAAAUUCAACAUUAUACAACAGUUUCAAAGAUGGAACAUUACAGCAGUCAUCAAUUUACAACAUCUAGGGGAACAUGCUAACUGUGGUUUUGGCUUGGAAAAAAGUGGGUUUACCUACAACCCUCAAGAUUUUAUGGAUAAUGGAAUAUUUUUCUUUAACUAUAUUUGGAAGGAUUAUGGCAUUUGUUCAUUGGAAUCAGUUUUGAAUAUUGUCAAGGUGAUGGAUUUUGCCCUUCAAAAUGGAAAGGUUGCUGUUCAUUGCCAUGCAGGAUUAGGCCGGACUGGUGUUCUCAUCGCUUGUUACCUUAUCUACUCUUUACGAAUAUCCCCUGAACAGGCUAUUCACACAGUACGAAUGAAAAGGCCAAGAUCUGUGCAGACCAGAGGUCAGAUUUCCUGUGUCCACGAUUUCGCAAAAUUUUUGAAACCAGCGUGGAUUAUUUUCCCUUCGUGCUGCUACGACAUUGGAGAAAAGAAGUCCUUUAAUCUACAAAGAUAUCUUAAGCGCCAAAAACGUUUGUUACAUGGAUAUGAAGCCAGAGAGUUGAAAUUUAUUCCGAAGAUUAUUUUUGCUCCUUGCAAACGUCUUCUGGAGUUAUGUGGUUUGGAUGCAAGCAAACUUAGGUUGACCAACGAUCGCCUUACAGGAAAGUUCGAUGAUGAAAUUGAUUCAACAGAUGGUGAAGAUGAGGCCGAGAGAUCAGAAAAUAAUAGCAACGAAAGUUCAUGUAAUAUUUCUGCAAGUGUAGAAGAUCUCAAAGGUGAAUUUGAUACGGAAAAUGAACCUUUAAAUGAAAAAUGCGAUGGCUUUAGUCACGAAUUAUCAAACUCACAACCGUCUGGGUAUCAUAACGAGGCUCAUCUAUCAGACGCGUUGCCGCAAUAUUCUUCUUUGUGUGAAGCACAUAAACUAAACACAAGAGGUGAACUAGAAUCUGGUAGAGAAAAUGACAAACAAAAGAAGGAGGAAAAAAACGGUGAAAUAUGUAACCAAACUGAAGGAAGUAAUGAAUCACAUAAAAAGCAAAGAGGUUUGCUGACAUUGCUCAAUAAACAUGCUACAGUAGAAGAUGUAGCCGCUGCAUUUUCUGAGGAUAUCAAAGACGUUGAUAUUGAUAAAGUUGAAAAACUACGGAAACUUCUUAAUGAGUCAAACGAGGCCUGGAAAUUUAUCGAAGAAGAAGCAAGUCCUAGUGUAUUAACCGCGUUAAUGGUUUCGUGGAUAGAUUGCUUAACGGAGCCAAUAUUAAGUAAACAUGAUGUAGAAACACUGAUACAGAAUUCAGAAAAUCCAAGGGAAGCGCUGUUGCACCUAACCAAAUCGCAAAGAGGAACUUUUGAAUGUUUAUUGGCAACUAUUUUCAGGCUACACCCAGUUGAUCAGGAAUUACACGAGAAAGCUCUGUUCAGGAGUCUAACAAUGUUAACCAAAAGAAAGUUUGUCGAGGACACUUUGGAUACCAUGCCACCGUCUGAGGCAGAAUCCAGUACUUCAAUAUUGCCAUCAUCAAAGAUAGAAGAGUUUUUAAAAUUUUGCAAAUUAUUGUACGAAAAUUGCAUAAAGGAAUGAAGGUGAUAAAGGUCCAGAAAAAAAACCCUGCCAACCAAUUUUCAAAUUAUAUUUAUUGGCACUGCUGUAAUUUAAUAACAAGAGUGUUGUAAUUAUUUUAGAAUAGCUUGUAAAUGGUUUUUCCGGAUGUAAUUAACGUUCAUGUUAAUUAAUAAUUAACGUUUGUAAAUAAUAAUUAGCAGGUCCAACUGGCAAUUGAUACCACAGUCUGACCAAAUACAAUUCUCAUCGUCUCAGCUGUCCAGCCAAUAGGAAACAAAGUAUUAUCUUUGUCUAUUAGCGGCACAUCAUUCCAUUCUUCUGUCAUGUGAACAAUCUUCUCUGAACCACUAACAUUACUAAGUUUCAACCAGACCGUCAUGUUGACAUCAAUCUUCCCGAAUCUCGUCAUAGCAGUUGCGUUCAUUGCGAGUUUUACCCAGGAAGGAAAAUGAGUUACAGAGUGUAUACUUGUGUUGGUGUCAUGUGUCUGAAGGUAAAAAGUCCAAAACUUAUGAAACAAGUUUACUUCAUCCUUUCCAUAAACCUUUGCGAGAGGGUCUUCGUUGAUAUAAUG